UCUUUAUCUGUCGAGUACAUGGCGUGCAUUGGACCCCACACAUCAACAACAACAACUAAUCUUUCUCCCGCCUCUGAUUCAUUUGAAUAUGUAGUAGAAAGGACAACAAUUCCGUGGAUAUAUAAAAAUGUUUGCUCGCUCGGCUAUCGCUACCCGUUCCGCGGCCCCCGCCCUGAAUGUUAUCGGCCAGACCCGUAACAUGGCUACGCUCAAGGAGAUCCAGAACCGUCUGAAGUCGAUCACCAACAUCUCCAAGAUCACGGCGUCAAUGAAGAUGAUUGCCUCGACCAAGGUCACUCGCGCCCAGCGUGCGAUGAAGGUUGCCCGCAUUUAUGGCAAUGUCUCGUGCGACUUUAUCGAGCAGGCCGAGGUGAAGAAGGCCGACGGCGCCAAGGAGCUCGUUGUUGUCGUCUCUUCGGACAAGGGUCUGUGCAGUGGUAUCCACUCGUCGCUCUCGCGUCACACCCGCAAGUACCUUGCCGAUUACCCCGAGGCCCCCGUUGCCAUUAUCGGCGACAAGGCCAAAUCCCAGAUUCAGCGUGUGUUCGCCCAGAACAUGACGUACAGCUUCAACCAGAUCGGAUCGACCAUCCCGGCCUUUGACGAGACCUCAGCCAUCGCCAGCGUUAUCAUUAGCGACAAGUCGAUCGAGUUCGACAACAUCAAGCUUGUGUACAACAAGUUUGCCAGCGCCAUUGCCUUUGAGACCAGCGAGAUUGAGUGCUUCCCUGCCAGCCAGAUUGUUGAGGCGCCCGGCUUCAAGUCCUACGAGGUGCAGGAGGAGAUCCUCGAGAACCUGAACGAGUUCCUGUUCGCCAACAACCUGCACUGGGCGCUGGUCGAGGGCCACGCCGCUGAGAUGGCUGCUAAGCGCACUGCCAUGGAGAAUGCCACCAAGAACGCCGGCGACAUCAUCCAGAGACUUACCCUGCAGUACAACCGUGGUCGCCAGACUGUCAUUACCAACGAGCUCAUUGAGAUCAUUACUGGUGCUUCUGCUCUCUAAAUUCAUUUUACUCGCCCUUUUCACCUCCACACCUACUUUUUCUGCUCUAAACACUCUGCCUUUGUCUCUCUCUCUCUUGGUCCUUGUGCUCGGGGGCAUUGUUUUGUUUUGGCCUAGACCUUUUUUUCUUCAAGAGCAAGUCGCAGUUAACAUAAACAAAAGAGAAUCCAAAGUUUUAGUAUUUGUAUUUACAACUGGCAGUCACACAUUUCCUGUAUCAUA